AUGUUGAAGAAGCAGACGGGCCGCAAGGGCAAAGACGCGUGGAUGGCCCUCGGCGGACGGGUCUACAACGUGACGCCCUACGCCGCGUAUCACCCCGGCGGCGUGCCGGAGCUGAUGCGUGGAGCCGGCAGGGAGGCGACGAAGCUGUUCGGAGAAGUUCAUCCUUGGGUCAAUUACGAGACGAUGCUGUCGGCUUGUCUUGUGGGCGUGCUGGUGCCGGAAGAGGAGGCUGAGAAGGAGAGCGAGAUGGACCAGAUGGACUGA